AUGAAGAGCGCGCUUAUCGCCGCGGCCGCCCUGGCUGGUGCCGCCCACGGUGGCGUGCACAAGAUGAAGCUCCAAAAGAUCUCUCUGGAGGAGCAGCUGGCCGAUGCCUCUACCGAGCCUCUUCGGGCUCUUGGCCAGAAGUACCUUGGUGCCCGCCCUGCAUCCCGAGCCUCCGUCAUGUUCGAUACCAAGGCUCCUCAGGUCAAGCCAGGUCAUCCUGUGCCGGUCACCAACUUCAUGAAUGCCCAAUACUUCACCGAGAUCCAAAUCGGUACCCCGCCGCAGAGCUUCAAGGUUGUCCUGGACACGGGCAGCUCCAACCUCUGGGUUCCCUCGCAGUCUUGUAACAGCAUAGCUUGCUUUUUGCACGCUAAAUAUGACUCAAGUUCCUCGUCGUCAUACCAGAAGAAUGGCUCGUCGUUUGAGAUUAGGUACGGGUCUGGCAGUUUGUCUGGCUUCGUCUCCCAGGAUGUCUUGCGCAUCGGUGACUUGAAGGUCAAGGAACAGGAUUUUGCCGAAGCUACUACGGAGCCUGGGCUUGCAUUUGCUUUUGGUAAAUUUGACGGCAUUCUCGGUCUGGGCUACGACACCAUCUCGGUAAACGGAAUUGUUCCUCCCUUCUACCAGAUGAUCAACCAAAAGCUACUGGAUGAGCCUGUGUUUGCCUUCUACCUCGGCAGCAGCGACGAAGGCAGCGAAGCCGUUUUUGGUGGCAUCGAUGAGAACCAUUACACUGGGAAGCUCGAAUACAUCCCUCUUCGCCGCAAGGCUUACUGGGAAGUCGACAUCGAGUCUAUUGCCUUUGGCGACGAAGUUGCUGAGCUUGAGAAAACCGGUGCUAUCCUUGACACCGGUACUUCUUUGAACGUUCUCCCCAGCACCCUGGCCGAAUUGCUCAAUAAGGAGAUUGGCGCUAAGAAGGGCUGGAACGGCCAGUACACCAUUGAUUGCAGCAAGAUCAAAUCUCUUCCCGAUAUUGUCUUCAAUCUGGCAGGGUCCAAUUACAGUCUCCCUGCCUCCUCCUACGUCCUCGAAAUUCAGGGUACAUGCAUCUCUACUUUUCAAGGCAUGGACAUUCCCGAACCUGCUGGGCCUCUUAUCAUCCUGGGAGAUGCUUUUUUGCGUCGUUACUACUCUGUAUAUGACCUUGGCAGAAACGCCGUUGGUCUGGCCCGCGCCAAGUGA